UUGCUUCCCCCCAUCCUCCAUCACGGACCGCAGCCCGCCGGCCAUCUCCUCAUUAUAUAUAGCUAGCUCUGCGCUCUGCUACCGCCACUCACCUGCCAUAAAAGCAGAAGCAGCUACUCUAGCUAGUCAGCGAGCUCUCUAGCUGCAUCUUCUACCUGCUUCCACUCCACUAGCUAGCUAGAUAGCUCUCUAGCUAGAUAUAUAAUCGGUUGAGUAUGUCCAGCAGCAGCCGCAGGUCACGCACGCGGCGUGCGGGGAGCUCGCUGUCGUCGUCGUCGUCGUCGAGGUCCAUAUCGGAGGACCAGAUCUCGGAGCUCCUGUCCAAGCUUCAGGCGCUGCUCCCGGAGUCUCAAACUCGCAAUGGCGCGCAUAGGGGCUCGGCGGCGAGGGUGCUGCAGGAUACGUGCAGCUACAUCAGGAGCCUGCACCAGGAGGUGGACAACCUCAGCGAGACGCUCGCCGAGCUGCUCUCCUCCGCCGACGUCACCAGCGACCAGGCCGCCAUCAUCAGGAGCCUCCUCAUGUGAUGUGAUCUCCCCCGGUGGCAAAGCUCGGUGUAUGUGCGCGCUCAUGCACGGCCGCUCGUUAGAUCUCCAGGCGUGCCUAGCUAGCUAGCUACCUUACCUUCGCAACUGCUCAUUAGCUGCCCUGGCGCUUUCUAGCUACUAAAACUAGCUACUACUGCUCAAGCACGCACAUCUGUAACUAGUGAGCUAUACUCAUUAUUAGCAGCUUAUAGCAGUGUGUGAUUCUUGUACUUUGAUGUAAGCUUGCAUGCAUUGUGGUCAUCGUCUCUACCUCGCUCGCUCGCGAUUGGUUUGGCUGUUAAUCCAAGUUGGAUGUGAUGUGAGAGGUUUUGCAAAUAAUGGGAGACGGACAAACAGGCAAGAUGUUUCAAUUA